GCAGCGAGGAAACCCGGGAUGCUGCUGUUCCCUGCGGCCAGCUCUCCCCGCUCGCCGAUUCCCAGGGCUCCUCAGGCUGUGCCCCGCAUCCAGGUGUUUGUGCAGGUUGGGAAACCGGCGGCGCUGGGGCCGGGCAGGUCCGACAGGUUUGCUCCUGGCGCUGGCACUGACGUACGAGCCCCGCUCGCCAAACACCUCCUGGGCCGGCCCCGCGGAGCUGGCUGCGCUCGGCACCGCGCUGCUGCCAUGGAGCUCUGAGCCCGGCCCAGCCCCGACCCCGGCCCAUGGACGGCAAAACCUCCCCGACCACUGCCUCGCCCAGCAGUGUCCCCCCCAGCCUCCUCCAUGUCUCCAAGGUCAGCAGCAUCUUCGGUGCCCGACCCCCGCAGCCUCGAGAGAACGUCCUGGGCAUCAGCUUCAAACCGUACAGCCCCGAGUCCGGCCCGGCCCCGAGCCCCUGCUCGGCCUGCGAGAGCACUCGUAAGGGAUCCUCCAUGUUCAGAGCUCCCUGCAUGAGCCAGCGGCGGCUCGCGCUCAUCUUCUGCGUCUCCGUCCUCAUCGUGCUGCUCAUCGCCCUCAUCCUGCUGUUCAUGUUCUGGCGGUCGCAGACGGGCAUCGUGUACAAGGAACCGGCAGAGAGCUGCAAGGACAGCGCCGUGCGCUGCGACGGCGUCGUCGACUGCUCACAGAGGAGCGACGAGCUGGGCUGUGUGCGCUUCUUAUCCGAGGAGUCGCUGCUCCACGUCUACUCCAGCACCGAGAGCCAGUGGCUGCCGGUGUGCAGCAGUGACUGGGACGAGUCCCUCUCCAGGAAAACCUGCCGGCAGCUGGGAUUUCAGAAUGCGUCACAGACCGAGUACAUCCCCCUGCGUGUCUCUGGCAAGAGCCUCACGGUGACUGAUGAGAGAGAGACCAUCCAGCAGAGCCUCAACAGCUCCCAGUGCCUCACAGGAAAGUACGUCUCGCUGCGAUGCACAACCUGCGGGCAGAGAAUUUCUGGCCGGAUCAUCGGUGGGAAGGAGACAUCUGUGAACAAAUGGCCCUGGCAGGUCAGCGUGCAGUACGGGCCCAUCCACAUCUGCGGCGGCACCAUCAUCGACGCCCAGUGGGUGCUCACCGCUGCCCACUGCUUCUUCAUGAACAGCGUGAAGAUCCUGGAUGACUGGAAGGUGUACGGAGGGGUGUCGGACCUGAAGCAGCCCAUGGAGGGCAUCCCCGUGUCCCAGGUCAUCAUCAACUCCAACUACAGCGACGACCACGACGACUACGACAUCGCCCUCAUGAAGCUCUCCAAGCCACUGACACUCUCAGCCCAGGUGCGCCCCGCCUGCCUGCCCAUGUACGGCCAGCGAUUCCAGACCGGCAGGUCCUGCUUCAUCACCGGCUUCGGCAAAACCAGGGAGAAUGAAGAUAACACGUCCCCGAAGCUGCGGGAGGCCGAGGUGAAGCUCAUCGACUACAAGAUCUGCAACAGCGACAAGGUGUACGAGGGCUACCUGACCCCCCGCAUGAUGUGCGCCGGCUACCUGCAGGGAGGGAAGGACGCGUGUCAGGGUGACAGCGGGGGGCCCCUGGUCUGCGAGGACGAUGGCCGCUGGUAUGUGGCCGGGGUGACGAGCUGGGGGACAGGAUGCGGCCAGAAGAACAAGCCCGGAGUGUACACACGUGUGACAAAGCUCCUCAGCUGGAUAUACAGCAAAAUGGAGAGCGAGAACGACUAAGGGCUCUAAGGGACGGACACUUGCCUGGGCUGUGCCAGGGCACGAUGCCACCAGCCAAGCCCCACCUCUCUCUGGACUGUGUGUGCAGCCAGGGACCUGUGGCUGCCCCCGAACUCUGAGAACAGCACCUGCAGAGCGACCCUGCCCUCGCCUGGUGCCAGGGGUGACACGGUGGUGGCUGGGCACAGCACCCAGCCAGGACACAGCCCAUGCCAGCAGCUGGCCGUGCUGGCUGGGGGACACCUCCUUGCCCCGUGUCUGGGCUCCCCUCCUGUAAAUAGACCUGUCUGGCCAGGCUGUGCGAGUGCUUCCUGGCAGGGCUGUGCACACUCAGCAGUGCCCGUGGAGACAGAACCCUCUCCUUUUGCCAGGUCACCGCUGUGCCACCUUAGGGCGCAGGGUGUGGCAGCCGUGUCCACACUGCCCACUCCGGGGCCAGCCUGGCGGCUCUGGGGAGCCCCGAGGUGCGGAUAUUCCACCCCCUGGGAGGGGCGGCCGCUGCUCUCCUGUUUGCGGAGGGAUUUCGGAAGUGCCUUUUACGAGAUGUCCCUCCCCGCGAGGGAAAUGCCUCUUUGUUUAUUUUUCCAUGCCGUGGCUCUGGUCUGAGCUAGCGCUGCCUCCCAGGACUGCAGCCGCUCUCAGGCUGCUCCGGGCAGGGAUUGGGGCACCCUGGGGGUGGCUGUGGGAGGUGUGACAGAAGCCAGCAGCAGCCAAAGGCCACCCUGGAGUGUGGCUCAGAGCAAUCACCCUCGUGGGCAGUGCCCAGUGUGAGCAGCCCUGGAUCUGCUGGGAGCUCUGCA